GAUAUAACAUGACAGCACGCAUACUUAUCGUGACCCAGUUUCCGCAUGCUGCGGACAGAAAGUACCCGAGUGUGUGUUCGACGUAGAGUAGCUGCGAAUUUAUUUCGUCAUGCUUGACGGUAGUUGUAACUAAUUAUAAAGGCGGCAGUCGCUGCAGCAGAACUUGGUGAAACUGAUAUGUAAAAGAUAUGCAAAGCUGUCUUACCAACUUAGAAAUCCUAAUCUCAUACCAGAGAAACUCGUUUGCAACAGUAUUGUACAUAAUAAGACCGAGGAUCGCCGCCUCAAAAACAUGGAUCCAGGAAAUACCACCAAUUUUACUUCAACGGUCCAUAGGACAUCCUACGAUGCCAUCUCCUCGUCACGCAAAGAGCUUGAUAAGACUCACAAGACCGUACUGAUUACCGGCGGUGCGACAGGCAUUGGCAAGGCCAUAGCCCACAGCUUCAUUGCAGCCUCGGCGACGGCCGUCAUUAUUGUUGGUCGCCGGGUCGACGUUUUACGUGAGGCUGCAGCAGAGCUUGAGAAAUACGCCAGAGAAGCUGAGAAAUCGACCAAGAUCAUCACUCGUUCCUGCAACGUAGCCAGUACGAGCGAAACAUCAACCCUCUGGGAUGAGUUCGCAUCUGCUGGCAUCACUGUCGACGUGUUGGUUUCUAAUGCAGCCAAAUUUACCGAGCCCAAUACCAUGUUUGAGCUUGGCAUUGACGAGAUCUGGACACAGUUCGAGACCAAUGUAAAAGGCCCCAUGUUCUUUGCGGAACGUUUCUACAAGCAGCCCGGCGAUGACCAAAGGUUUUUGGUCAACGUGACCUCUCAAGUCAUCCACCAGUUCUAUCACCCAAUCAUUCACGCUCGCCCGGCGUAUAGUCUGACCAAAGCAAGCGGGACCCUAGCAUACCAACUUCUCGCAAACAGCGUAGCCCCGGAUAGGCUGCAGAUAGUCAGCUUCCAUCCGGGCCUGAUCUUCGGGGCGGGACUAGAAGCUGUAGGGUUGACCAAAGACAUGCUUCCGUUUGACGAAGUGGAGCUACCCGGCGACUUUGCAGUGUGGGCUGCAUCUAAAGAAGCCGAGUUUCUCCACGGCCGCUUUGUGUGGGCUUCUUGGGAUGUGGUUGAGUUAUCCGGAGGAGCGAUCCGAGAACGAAUUGAUCGGGAUCCAUACUUUCUUAGAGUUGGAGUUGUCGGUCUAGAAGGAUCGAACCGGGCCUAG